CUUACCGCUUCUGUCAAACUGAGGAGGAAGUCCUUGUCCGGCGAACUAGCCGCCCAUUCUUAAAAAUACCUAAAUAAAACGUCGUUUAGGAUUAGGACAGUAUGGACGCGAGUAGACUACUUCAUACGGACGCUGGAGAUACCCUUGGACCAGAAGAGAAAGCCAAACAGGCAGCAGCUGCCGCCAAGGAGGCCAACCGCUUACCUGAAGUUCGUCUGGUGGUGCUGGGCUGGAGGUGGCCGGGGAAGAGCCUGACUGGAAACACCAUCCUAGGCAAAGAGGAGUUCCACUUGGAGCGAGCCGCCGAAUUCUGUGUGAAGAGAGAGACAGAGGUGCUGGGACGGCAGGUGACUGUGGUGGACACUCCAGGCUGGUUCUCCGCCCAAGAUACACCACCCUCCUAUAAACAAGAGUUAGUGAGGGGAGCAUCUCUUUGCCCUCCAGGUCCACACGUCUUCCUGCUCGCCAUCCCUGUGGGCAUGUUCACAGAAGUGGACCGCGCUCGCAUCGAGGAGCACGUGAGCCUCUUCGGCGAGCAUGUGUGGAAGCACACGAUUGUGGUUUUCACCUGGGCGGACGUGUUGAGGACCAUUUCAAUCGAGAGGUACAUUCGCAGAGAGGGAAAGGAGCUGCAGUGGGUGCUGGAGAAGUGUAAGCGAAGGUACUUUGUCAUUAAUAACUGCAUAUUCGGGGAGCAUCCCCAGGUGGGGCGCUUGCUGGAGAAAGUGGAGAAGAUGGUGGCAGAGGAGGCAGGCUACUACAAGCCAGAGGAGGCGGAGAAGGAGAAGAAACCUCUGAAUGAAAACGAGAAUCCAGCCAGAGAGGGGCGGGAGCUGGGGGCACGGCCCAAACAGAACUCUGGGCUGAGUUUGUCCAAAGUCAUGGAGGUGGAGUCGCUUUCCAAUUAACAAGACCCUCUAUACCACAACUAACGGAGCAUCUGCCUUACUUUUUUGACGUCAAAUCUGCUUAUUUGACAAGAAAGUAAAAAGGUAACGGAAAUUCCACUGAAUGUAAAAACCAGUGGAAGUUUUAUUUUAUUUUAAUUAGACAUUUUACUGUGUGCCCUAUAUGAUUCUCACUGUGACGAUACGAGAGGCCUUUGCGACAUAAUCGCCCUUUUUUCCAUAUUGUCCAAAGAUUUACUCCCCUUUUUUAACAUGUAAUGAUAUUUUGCCCUUACGUUUUCAAGAUGUUCUUGUUCUAGUAUGUUGAGGGUUGUGAGAUGGGAGGGAAUUAGUUUAAUCUAAAACAAGGAAGCACAAGCUGUUGCAUUUAUGACCGUCAUCAUUUUAAAACCCAGUGUGUACACUCCUUCCGUCUUGGCGUAUACCGUCAGCAGAACUGCACUGCUAAAUUGUUACUAUAAUAAUCUGUCGGUGACUGUUGAGGGAAUUGCUUUUUUAACGAUUCCCAUUUGUUGUGACCAAACUGUAAAUGCUUUCCUUUAUUACACUCUCAGUGCACUUAUAAAGCACAGUUAUUAUUUGUUUUGUGUCGCUUUAAAGCAGUGAUUUUGUUUCCCCUGAACUAAUCUUUCACAUGUUUGUUUCACUGUGUGGCAGAGGGAUGUAUUUGAGGCAAGGAUGUGCCAUGAAGAGCUUCAACGAUUAGUUUAUUAAUUGACAUAAUAAAUCUACUUUUGAUUUUAGUAUAAUAUUUUAAAUAAUCUUCAAAAACCAAAAGUGGCAAAUAUUCACUUGUUCAAGCUUCCAGCCGGCUGUACAAGCAGUGAGACUCUCCCAACUCUUUGUUUGUUGGGGUGUACUAUAAUUAGAUGGUCAGCUGCUCUGGACAGACCCUCAAAUCUUCAUGUAGACAUGAGGUGUAACGAUACUUACCACCAUCAGCCAUUCUGCAAAGUUUCAUAACAAUCUGACAAGUAGUUUUCCGCAAUCCAGACAGACCGAGCCGAAAACAUUACAUCCUUGGCGCAGGUAACCAUGGUUACAUACUGUAGUCGACCAUGGUUGCGUGACCCAGUUAUACACUCCAGUCCGGUCUGUCUAUGGGCCGUUAGAGGACUGGCCUGGCUGCACAAAGCAUAAAGACCACAGCAGUGAAUCCUUGGCUUGAACAUAUCCCUCUGCUGCAGAUCAUUCUUAUACUCUGUUACCAAUAUAACUGUCAGGUUUUUUUGGGAACACUGCUUAUUUAGUUUUAGUUAACGUGGUGAAAUGUAUGUGUAAAUCAGGUACUAGUAAAAUUGCUAUUGUGGUUGUUAGUUUAAGGGCCCUGGUUGUAAAAUGUCUGCAUUCAAUCCUUUGUAAAUGUCACAGAUCAGUUCUCACUUCUGUCCCUCAGGACUUAAAUUUGCAUGUUUUCAUUCUCGCCAUCAAUUCAAGGUCCUGAUAGCCAGGAUUGAAAUGUACUGACUCAAAGCCUGUUAUCGCAGGAACGCUGUCGAUACUGUUUCUUUUAAGAAGCUUUCAUUCAUUUGCAUGAUGAAGAGCAAACCCAAUGCUGUAUACUCCGAUAUGCACUAUGACUGACUAUUUCACCCAGUGUGGGCAACAUACAGACAUGUUUGUUGACAUUUAGUACUGAAAUAUUAGACAGGAGGUAGGUCUGCGGGAGGCUAGACUAAAGGACUGAUAUUUUAUUUUUCUAUUUUAUUCAGUAGUACUGCUACAGAUGUGGGUCAUAUUUUAUUUGGUUGAAUGAUAAGAGUGAGGUGACAUGGAACUACUAACUAAUGCACCAGUCAGAAAACAGCAGAAUUAUUUAAUAAUUAUAAAAAGGGAAGUCUUGGAACACAUUGAUUGAAAAAGAGUUACAAAAUAAGGAUAUAGCAGACGUGUACAGGAACUGCUGUUGGGCCAAUGCAACCUAACACAACCCACAUUUGUAGCAGUAUUUGUAAUGCGGAUUGAGUUACUUUCAAAGUCAGAAUGUGAAUCAAGUUACUCUUAAGAAAUUAAUGAACGAUGCAGUCAUCGCUCUCAUUUGCUGUAUCCUCUGUAGGCCUUCAACUUGACUUAUUGGCCUACUCUAUUUACAGUACAUAUGCUUGUUAGAAUUACACUGUAAUGUUCUUUGAAUUAGGUCCAAAUAAAAGUAUUUUUUGAUCAAA